UUGCAUUCACAUAAGAGAUAGUAUUUAGUUGUGAUGUGAGGUGAAGUGUGAUCGGUCGAUGUGCCAUGGACGAGUUUAUAGGGAAGCAGUAUGUUAUGGUGUCGCAGGAGUAUUUCGAGGAAUAUCUUGUAUUUUUGGGAAUGGGUUACAUUUCUCGAAAAGCAGCUGUUAAUUUAAGGCCAAUCCACUGUUUGACGCGCAACGAGGAUGGGACAUACACAUUCGCCAUGAAAUCCAAGCUAGCAAACUCCGCAUGUACAUUUACACCUGGUGAGAAGUUUGAGGAGGCGAAAGCAGACGGUGUCAAGGUUGAGGCGCUAAUAACUUUCGAAGGGAACAUAAUGACGCACACACAGACUGAAAAUAACGGAAGAACAUCAACACAUAUACGAGAAUUUCAUCCGGAAAAACUUGUUGUGACUACAACGGCUGUAGGUUUUGAUAAAACUGUAACAAGAAUUUUCCAAUUGGUUCAAUAGAAUUGGCGAUAGAAGAUCGAUUCUGAAGGUGAAGAUUUAAUAGCUGGAAAUUAUUGGAUUCGAGAUAUGCUGAUAUGAAUGGCUCAGUGCAUGAAAAUAGCACGAGUUGAGUAUAUAUUUAAAAGAUCUUUCGGAUUAAUGAGAUUAAGUAGUGACUUUUUUAUCGUCAAAGUGUUUAUUGUUAAAUAAUAAAUAAUACAGGUUCAGGCCUAACAAAAA